GACGGGGAUCACGUGGUUCAGUGCCCCGCCCCCAGACCCGAUUCUUGGCCUCGGUUCCCAGAUAUGUCGGGCGAGAACACCUCCCGGGCCUGGCGGGAAAGGCUGCACGGGCAGACCCCUCCACUACCCGCAGGGAAGACGGAGGCGGAUGUGGCGGUCACGGCCCGGCCGAGUGACGCCCCCGCCUCGAAGGAGGAGGAGGAGGCGGCCGAGAGCGGGGAGAGCGGCGACAACAGAAGCCGCAGCCCGUCGUAUUUCUCCGGCAGCGACAAUGAUGACCUUGAGGCAGAAUGGUCAGACAGUGUGCAGAAAUACGGGGAACUUUUUUAUCUAGAGCUGAGUGACAACGAAGAAGAAAGUCUCCUUUCAGAAAUACCAGUUGUGAACCAUGUCAGAUUCAGUGAAAAUGAAAUCAUUUUUGAUGAGGAUUAUCUCCGAGAAGGAAGAAAAUAUGAACCCAGACUCAAGAAGUUUUCCAAAAUUUUGAAAAGUCGAAGACUUUUGCCAAAACGUUACAAGAAAAAGAAUAGCAAUGGACCAGUAUCAAUCCUAAAGCAUCAGCCUACUCAGAAAAUGGGCAUCAUCCUUCAGCAACGGUACAAAGAUGUGUCUGUCUUUGUAAACCCUAAAAAUGCAAUGGUCCUGAAAGCAAAAGAGCAUCUCAAGCUUCUGGAAGUGUUGCUGGGGAUUAUUCACCAGACUAAAUGGAAGAAAAGAACAGAAGGCACCAAACUAGUAGUGCACGGCUUACUCCCAGGAGGCCCAGCCAUGAAGAGUGGACAAGUGUUAAUUGGUGAUAUCCUUGCUGCUGUAAACGAUGUGGAUGUGACCUCAGAGAACAUAGAGAGAGUUUUAUCUUGCAUUCCAGGCCCUAUGCAGGUGAAACUGACAUUUGAAAUAGCAAAUGCCAGGCAAAAAGAAGCCAGUCAACCCAAACAGAAGAAGGCCCAAACUACUUCCAAUGACUUAGUCAGACUCCUCUGGGGUGAAGAGGUCCAGGAACUUCAGCAGAACCUCCAAAGCAUCCCUCACAUCAUCAUGUAUCUCUCUCUCCAGCUGGACUCUGAGACACUGAAGGAUGAGCAGGAAAUUCUUUACCAUUAUCCAAUGUCUGAAGCAUCUCAGAAACUUAAAAGUGUAAGAGGAAUAUUUCUAACCCUCUGUGAUAUGCUGGAAAAUGUAGCUGGAACACAUGUUACCAGUUCAUCACUUUCUUUAAAUGAAAAACUAGUACAUGUGGCUUACUGGAAAGAAGAUGACAAAUUGUUAUUAAUUGGACUUCCUGCUGAAGAAGUUCCUCUUCCUCAGCUAAGAAGUUUGAUAGAAGAUGUUGCCCAAACCUUAAAAUUUAUGUAUGGUUCUUUAAACAGUGCAUUCUGUGAGGCAGAGAAUGUUGCUCGAUUGGAUCAUUUUUUCAACUUGUUCUUCCAAAGAGCAAUUCAGCCUGAAAAGCUUUACUCCAGUACCUGUACUCAGUCCUAUGAUGCUUCCUUCUCACUAUUCACCGACACUCUGCCUGGUGUUCAAUGGCUCACACUACCACAAGAGACCCAGAUGGAAAUCGACAUGGUAUUAAAUGAUUUGGAGGCAGCAGAUUUUGCAGAACUGUCUGAAGAUUACUACAACAUGAGGCGUCUAUACACAAUAUUGGGGUGUUCUCUGUUUUUUAAGGGCUAUUUGAUUUGCAGCCACUUGCCAAAGGAUGACCUGAUUGACAUCACCAUGUAUUGUCGACAUUAUUGCCUGCUCCCGUUAGUUUCUGAACAAAGGAUCGGUCACUUAGUCAUAUGGAGAGAAGUGUUCCCACGACACCAUCUUCAACCUGCUUCUGAACCAGAUGCUCAAGUCUUUCAGGAGCCUGAGGGAAGAUAUUUUUUAUUAAUUGUUGGUUUGAAGCAUUACUUGUUGUGUGUGCUGCUAGAGGCUGGAGGAUGCGCAUCCAAAGCUGUUGGGCAUCCAGGACCAGACUGCAUCUAUGUGGACCAGGUCAAAGCCACUCUCCUUCAGCUGGAGGGAGUAGAGGCCAGCCUCGAUGAGAGGCUGGCCUCUCCUUCAAAUCCCUCUUUGUCUUGUGCAGACUGGUUCCUUCCCUCAUCCCGAGAUAAACUCGAAAGUCUGACCUCCUCCCCUCUCCUCACUAAGCUCCAGUACACCUCUAGGGCCAUCACCUCUCCUUCCAGCAGAAGAAGACUGUUUAGUGACUACUCUCUAAAAACACGUAAGCUCAGUCCUUCCAGAAGCAACGGGGGCUUCGAGAAUGGCGUUGAAGGUGGGGAAGGGGGUGGCUCCAGCCCAUACACAACCCUGGAUCCACUGCCCAAGCAGGGAGCAAAGGAAGCUCAGAGUCCUGGAGGUCCACAAGCCAGCAGCACCUUGCUAAAGGUCACAAAAAAGAAAGCUACUCUUCCAAAUCCUUUUCAUUUAGGAAGACAAAAAAAGGACCUUUCAGAAAAAGAAAUGGAACUAUUUGAGGCCACAAAAUUGACAUCUGGCACUGAGAACACACUUUUUCACUAUGUUGCCUUAGAAACAGUGCAAGGAAUCUUCAUUACUCCAACUCAUGAAGAGGUAGCACAGCUCAAUGGUUCUAUCCAUUCUCAACUGAUAAAGAAUUUCCAUCGCUGCUGCCUUUCUAUUCGUGCGAUCUUCCAGCAGUCCUUGAUGUAUGAGAAGAAGAAAGCCCUUAAUGUUGAAGGUAAUUCUGAGUCACCUCAUGCUGCAUCCUCCCUUAGUCCUGUGAAAGAACAUGGUGUGUUAUUUGAAUGUUCCCCUGAAAACUGGACAGAUCAGAAAAAAGCACCUCCAGUUAUGGCUUACUGGGUUGUAGGAAGACUCUUCUUGAAGCCCAAGCCACAAGAACUCUAUGUGUGUUUUCAUGACUCGGUCACUGAAAUUGCCAUUGAACUGGCAUUUAAGCUUUCCUUUGGCUUGGCCACAUGAUGUACCUUCCUUGUCAUCCUGGGACACCAUGGAGCAUCCAUCAUCAGAAACACUGAAACCCACCCUGAGAUUACCGGUCUCUUUAAUGCAUCCUGCAAACAGCUUUAAAUGGUCCCUCUCUCAUUAAAUUCAUCAUACCCUUCUUGGUCUGGCAGAACUCUUAAAAAGAUACUUUAUGUGUACAGUAAGAUGGAAUCAUUAAUUCAUUGUCAUUAUAUUGUAUGGCAUAUGUGUAGGUUUGUUGUAUUUUAUGAAAUAACAUGUAUAAAAUUUAAUAUCAGAUUGCCUUCAGGAACAGCAUUUCAUGGAAAAUAUCCAAAAUCAUAUUUACUUUGUGGCUAAUAUUGGUGGGAAGGGUGCCCUGUGCUCUGGUCCUGGCUUUGCCACCAACAGUAGUAGGUCCUGCAAGAGACCCUGAGACACCACUACUCAAGAGAAUAAAUCACAGUAUUGUCUUAAGUGGAUUCUAAUGUGCCUUCCAAGCUUUAGUGUUCUAUACCUCUAUUUCCUAUCAUCUUGAAUAUUGGUCAUUUCUCUCCAAUAUUCUUCAUAAUGCAAGUAUUGAAACCUCACCAAUUCAAAUGUCCUUCCCACUGCAGUCAGGAAAUAAAAUGAAAGCCAUAUAGCACUCACUUCUUCAAGCAUUGGUCUUAAACAUCCAGCUGCUCAGAAGCAAGAUAGUUUCUAUUUCCUGAGAUCUAACAUAGAUAAAUUUUUACACAAUAGACACGUUCUUUAAAUGCUACAUAUAAAUUAGCUUCUUGAAAACCAAAUUCUUUAUUUCAGAAGUAUGAUUUCCAUUUAUAGAAACUCUUUAUUGAAUUUCAUUGAUAAAGUUAACCAUGAUGGUAAAAAUCAUCAGCCCUUUUGAUUCAUCUGCUGGCAAAUUUGCAUUCUUAAGAUUAUUUUAGGAUUCCUCCAAGUAAGAAAUAUUGAUGCUAAAAAAAUUCCCCCCAAAUGAGAAAGUCUUGUGUGGAGCCAGCUAGGCUUGACAAGGUUGUCAGUCCUGCAUGGCCAUGUGACCCAUGUGUAGCCUUCAGGAGGCCCUGCAGGGACUUUCUCCCAGCCCAGGACAAGAGGACCACUAAGAUCACCAGACUGGACUCUGUCUCUAGCAGCCCCAGGUCCCCCUGCUCCACCUCUGGAACUUCAGGUCGUGCUGGAAGUAAAGCCUACAGAUUAUCCGGUUAUUCAUGUAUCCAGAUCAUUUCAUGUAUUGUAUUUGUAGGCUCUGUACCUGGCACAAGCUUAUAUGUGCUUGUUAGUGGACUGACUGAAAAAGGUCCACUCCCAUAGGGGUUUAAACAAGUUGUCUCAGGCCACUGUUAAGUGUCCGGGCUGGGGUUUGGAUGAAUCUGUGUCACGCUGUGUGCCAUGGAGACAUUGGAGCCGGGCCUCAUUCCCCAGUGCUGAGAUCUUCACUGGGCUUAUCAGACUCACUACAGCAUUUGAACCAGGGGAAAGUGUUAUUUAAAGGGAGAACCUUGGUCUUGGAGGCAGAAGAUAUGUUUGAAUUACACACAUCCAUAAGCUGCAUAUGACUGUGGGCAAUUUUACUUUGAGCUCGUUUCCUCUUCUCUAAAAAAGGGAUAAUGAUCCCUCUGGGUAAUCAUAACAUCAAAUGAAAUACUAUUUGUAAAGGGUUUUAUAAUUGUAGAGAUCUAAAUAAAGGUCAGCAAUUAUAAUCAUUCUAAUUUUAUCUGUGAAAAUACUUUAUAAAAAAUAUUUAACAAAAUUUUGUUUUUUACAAUGGAGUUGGGGAAACAAAAAGAAAGAAAAAAACAGUAUCCCCAUUUGUAUCCAGGUGCAGCCUAGUACGGAAGGGCAGCUUUGAAAAACACAAGCAGCAGCAUCUUGGGUUUUGAUUCCCAAAUGGCCAAUGAAAGGAGUACUCCCCGAGGAUCCCUGCACUGAAGAUGGCUGCCUGUAUUUACCUCUGAAACCAAGAACUCUCUGACAGUCAUAGCCAGGCUGCAGCGCGGGCUAGUCUGGCAUUUUAUUCAGGGUCAGUUUGGCAGUGGACAUUCUAGCUGAGAAAAGAGUUGCCUAGUUCCUUUGGGCAAUGUGAGAACAUUCUCAGACUGAGAUAUUAGAUAUCCCAGCAAGUCCUUGGACCUCCAAGGCAUUGUACAGCAUUCUUUUUUUAACCCACAGCUUUCUGUAUCAGGUACUUCACAGCGUAGAUUAGGAUUUUUCCAUCUAAGAAUUGCAGUUAAUUUACAUCUUUACCCUGUGUUUCUGAACUGCUCCCUGGAAAGUGAUCAGCCCUGAACCGUGUAGGUCCUUGUGUUAUAUUUGGGCUUUGGGAAGACUGAUAAAUAUGUAGGAGCCCAGAAAUUAAUCCAGCAUUAGUAUUUUUCCCUCCUAAAAUAGCAUAGAAGGGGAACGAGGUUGUGCUUACAAGUUGCUUCUAUUUCUUUGGCAGUUACAUUAGGGACACUUGUGUUUUAUCACUUGUUUGUCACUGAUUUAAGGGUCUCUGGCUCCAGGUAUCCUGGUUAAAAUUCAAGGAAUCAAACCAACUAGUUCUUGGAUUUCAUACCAAAAGAUGUGAACUAGGGAAAGACUAUUUCUCUUUUACCUUAGAAUGUAUAAAUGACAUGGAAUUUGACCAUCAGGUAAACUUUUUAAAAAAUAAAAAAUGUCAGUUUUGAUAUUUUUGUGUAUUUUUAAUAAAAAAAGUAGCAUUUUGAAGAUGGCUAUUAUAAAUUGUUGCCUCUAAAACAUGUCUUUGUGUGUGAAAUAAUUUAAUUUUGCAUAGCUCUAUUUCUCUAAACUGUAUGAAAAGCUAUUUUUAUAUUUUCUCAAAUGUUUUAAUAAAGAUAAGUUAGAGAUUUGUUCAC